AGCUGGGAUGGUGCGCUGGGCCCCAAUCCCGAUACUGGAUGGAGCGAGGGGAAGAGCUGCAAGUCCCAGAUCUCAGCAAAGACGAGGAUGACGAGAGCUGGCCGGGCCCCCAAACAGGUGAGAGGCUGGCGAGCGUGGCUGGGGCAGAGGAUGCUGCACCGGGAAGGGAUGGCACCAGCACUGAUGUGGAGCCGGUGGGGGGAGCGUGGCACAAAGACCCUGCUGCAGGGGCAGAGGAGGCGGUGCCCGGGGGCAGGGCCAGGGUGGAGGAGGCCAUGCCGGGAGGUAGCGCUGAUGCAGAGCCGGCGCGGCACAGAGACCCCACCGUCAGGCGGCCCUUUAAAUGUGGCGAGUGUGGGAAGAGCUUCCGGCAGAGCGCCACGCUGACCAGGCACCAGCUGCUACAUGCGAGCGAGAGGCCCUACGUCUGCACCACCUGCAGCAAAGGCUUUUGCGACGGCGCGGCGCUGGCCGCGCACCAACGGGCACACACGGGCGAGCGCCCCUUCCCCUGCCUGGCGUGCGGCAAGGCCUUUGCCGGCAGCUCGGCGCUGCUGGUGCAUCAGCGAGUGCACACCGGCGAGCGUCCCUACCGCUGCGGGGAGUGCGGGCAGAGUUUCCGGCAGAGCGCCCACCUGGCGCAGCACCAGCAGGGUGCCCACGCCAGCCCGCGCCCCCACGCCUGCGCUCACUGCGGCAAGAGCUUCGGGCUGCGCUGCACGCUGGCACGGCACUUGCGGACGCACCGUGUCGAACAGCCCCACGCCUGCCCAGACUGCCCCCGCCGCUUCCACCACCGCGCCCACCUGCUCCGGCACCGGCUGGCGCACACGGGCGAACGCCCCUUCCCCUGCCCGGUCUGCGGCAAAGCCUUUGCCCUGAGCGCCACGUUGCUGCGGCACCAGCUGGUGCACACGGGCGAGCGCCCCCACCGCUGUGAGGAGUGCGGGCGCAGCUACACACAGAGCUCCUACCUGCGGCAGCACCAGCGCAGCGCCCAUGCCGGCCAGCGCCCCCACACCUGCCCUGACUGCGGCCAGGCCUUCGCCGACCGGGCCAACCUCUUGCGGCACCAGCGGGGCCACACGGACGCCCGGCCCCACACCUGUGCUGAGUGCGGGCGGCGCUUUGCCCAGCUGGCCAGCCUGGUGGAGCACCGCCGGCGGCACACGGGCGAGAAACCUCACGAGUGCCCCCGCUGCGGGCACCGCUUCCGCCACCACUCGGCCCUGCUUCGCCACCAGCGCUCCCAUGCUGGGGAACGCCCCUUCCGCUGCGGGCAGUGCGGGCGUGGCUACACCCGCAGCUCCAACCUCCUGCUGCACCAGCGGGUGCAUGCUGCUGAGUGA